GCACCAGAUAUAUGCCUCUACAACGUAGACAUGAAGAUCUAACUUAGUUGAAUACUUCCAGUACUUCUUCACAUAUCGUCCUCAUAUCGGACCACAAAUUGCAGUCUUUCCUUGUUCACCUAAAUCUACCUCGCUGCAGUGCACAGCCGGUGCUUCUUGGGCCUCAGCUUGCAAGGGAGACCAAGAAGCUAUUCGCUCCUCCUGGCAGGAGCGAUGGCUCGUCCAGUCAACAACCGCUGCAUCUUCCGAACAUUUCAUUGUGUCCCUUACGGUGGGUAAUUUAGCAGUCAUAUACAACUAUACACCAACAUCUCCAACUCCAGUAUGGCAGCCGACUACUGGACCUCAACCCAACGGACCUACUGGACAUUCACCCCCGAAAAGCUCUCCUCGAUCCGCGAUGACCUAGAGCGAGCCAACGCCAAAACGAUCGAACAAUUCCCCUUCCCGGACCGCCGACUAAUGUUCAUAUUCCUCCGCGACCGACUUCUUCAACUCGGUAAACGCCUCCCCUUCCGCCAACAAUGCAUGGCAACGGCCCUGGUCUAUUUACACCGAUACUUCCUAUCAACACCAAUGCAGAAUGUCAACAUAUACCUGCUCGUCGCAACAGCAUUCUAUCUGUCGUCGAAGACCGAAGAAUCGCCUCACCAUAUUCGUCUGGUUGCCGCGGAGGCGCGUCAAGCCUGGCCCGAGUUGAUGCCUGGGGACGUGUUCCGACUAGGCGAGAUGGAAUUCUGUUUGAUUUCCGAGAUGCGCUCACAAUUGAUUGUCUGGCAUCCUUAUCGGACGCUGAUUGCGCUGAAAGAAAACCAAGAUUUAAGACUGACUAACGACGAGCUCGGUCUGGCUUGGUCCAUCAUCAAUGAUAGUUACAUGACUGAUUUGCCCUUGACGUGUCCGCCGCAUUUGAUUGCCAUUAUUGCAAUGUUGCUGGCUGUGGUGUUUUUGCCUACGGCCAAAGCGUCGGGGACUCUACGGCCUAUUUCGCAUGAGAGCUUGGUCAACCCGGACUCUUCGGCGGGUCCGUUCUCUUCCCUGGUGGGCCGCCAUGGUCAGAACCUGUCGGGCUCGUUCAGUGCAGCUGUGGGGAAUUUGCAAAUGUCAAAUAAUAACCAACAAUUUGGCCAGCAUUCGGUGAACAACAACCAGGGGAAGUCUAGGGCCGCGCAAGAGUCGUCGACGACUGACAGAGACAAAGACAAAACAAUUGUCGCCGCCAUCAAAGACUCGGAAAAGCUGCAGAACAUCAUUACGUUUCUCGUCGAGUCCGGCAUCGAUGUCGAACAGGUCAUCAAUGGCAUUCAGGAGAUGAUUAGUCUGUACAGCGUCUGGGAAGAGUAUAAUGAGAAGACUGUCAGGGAGGCUGUUGCUCGAUGCAUCAAAGGACGAGGCUUGGAUGGCUAGGAGGGAAGACAGCUUGAAAACCCAACCCACGAGGAGAGAGGUGUCUCCUCUACACUACUACGUCUUUGUGGCAUUGAAUCCCGCCACACCAAGGCUCUUUCUGAGUUCAAGCACCACUGCUUUGGUCUUGCUGACUGGUGCGUUCCAGUCACACGAAGCUAGGAUGGGACUGCAAGUCUCCAGAUACAGGAGAUCAGCUGCGGUGUUGCGGACCUAUAUAUCGGCUGUUAGUCAACUUUUCAGCAUGGAAUAGGAGGGAGAGGACAACCUUCGGCCAACGGUGGAGCAAUUGGCGAGUGAGCUUGUCCAAAGCCCUGGUUCGAUAGUCUUUGCUGGCAACCAGUCUUGAGCAAAGGUUCAAGGAUGCUUCGAUCCUCUGAAGACUGGGUGAUUGACCUAGGACAUGUUGCAAGAUCGUCCAAACAUAUCCGGGUCCCUGUGGCGAAUCUGCGGUUGAUUGCUCUGCAAAAAGCCCCUGGUCCAUCAUGAAGCAGAGAAAGUCCAGUAAUGGCACCACCUGUCGGUCGUCCUGUGCUUCAUCAAUGGCCAGCUGCUUCAGAACGAUCGAAGAGACUAAUGAACUCAGCGAAUCGCGUUUGCCCUCGUCUAGACCCUGCAUGUACCAGACCAAUGCGUUGCUGGCUGCACGACAAAUAACCUCGGUGCCAGAUGUCGCCGACGAGACGAGACCCAGUACAAGAGGCUCACGCAGCCAUUCCAGCAAGAGGAGUUUCAUCAAUUGCUGGUAAUAUGGCUCUGUGGACACUUCUUGGGGGUAUUCGAAGGUCCUGCCAGAACAUUAGUUUGCAGAAACAAGAACACCACAAUAGAUUCACGUACCCCGUCAGUUUUGGCAUGGCUGCCGCAUGGGUUUGCCAAAAGCCAUAUAGGCAUCUCCACGCUCGAAACCGUACACUGUUCAGCUUCUCUGCUGCAAGCUUCACCACUACAGGGAUAACAGUCUCCAUGACACGGUUCGAGAUCUGAGAUAUCUCUUCGUUGGAUCGCAAAGCAUCUACGGCCUCCAGACUCUGGAGACGGAGUAGAGAGCCGAUAUCCCCUCUCUGGUCGUUGGUGUAGUCCGUCAGUCCACAGUAUAGUGUCUCCGAGAUACUGGUAACGUCGAAUUUGGUGGACACGGUUGCCUCCAUGUCCAGCAAUAUGACCCCGAACGCUUCCAUGGCAGCCACUCUCGUCUCGAUCCUGUUACCUUGCUUGAUGAGAGUUGUGAUGUACUCGACAAUUUUCUGUUGGAGGCCAUGCUGUACGUCAUGCAAGGCCAAAUAAGCGUAGAUCAUGCCGAGCGUUUUUAUACGUCCUUUGCUUUUGAACGCAGAGACUGGCUGCUUUCUUGCAUUGAGCCAGUCUUCGACAACCGCAAGGCCUCGAUCAGGCGAGAGUACUUUGAAGAGCUCGACGGUCGCAUUGGCACUGGCUUCGAUUACCGCGUCUUUCGUACACGUUACUGUACAUUGGUCGAGCAGCGCUAGAGCCGACGAUAUCCAACUUUCAUGCUCUGCUGCCGAGGCCGAAAGGCAUUUGCAGACGGCACCGAUUAGAGCAGAUAUUGCUUCCAUCACGAGCUCCAGAUCAGCCGUUACGCGGGCAUCCAUUUUCCCCGUAAGAUCAUUCAUGUUGAGAACAGGAUUGGCGUCCUUCAGAAUCCAUGAAGCCACGGCUAGGUGUUCGCGUUCAGUCAACGUCUCCAGUACUGCGGUCAAAGCCAACAAUAAACCAUGCCUUGAACCCGCUGUGCUCCCUAUAUUGAAUGGCUUCAAAUCAAGAAGUUGGCGGACAAUCAUAUCCGCGAAGGAUAGUGCGUCCUCUUUCGAAAGGUCACCGGCCAGGACCCGCAUCGUCGAAGCAGCCCAACGCCGCUGAUUGGUAUCAGUGGCCCGAGAACCGCGCCAUCCAAGGAGUGCUGACAACAGAGUCCUGUGGUAAAUGGUGUCGAGGGCCGCUGCUUGUGCAGACACCUCAAUCAUGGCUCGCGACAGCCUUGCAACAGCAUGAUAGUCGACGACUUGCACCAGAGGAAUCCCAUGUAAGAUCGUGUCCGGAUGUCUCCCGAUGAGUUCUUGCAGCGCGGCAGAUGAAGCUCGUCGGAUGUUUCCCGAGGGGUCAAAGCAUGCAGAAAUAGUCAGCCGGGCGGCUAUCAUUUGCAGUACGCUUUGGCAUUCCGUGUAAUCUCCAUUUCUGGCUUCAGCAAAUCGCGAUAUGUCAACCUGACUUAGUUGGGCAGUGCUGUACUUCCGCGCCAGAGCCCAAAGACCAAAGCAAGCGGCGUCUCUGACACCAACCCCAACGGAUGUGCCCACGUUCGAUCGCUGCUCGAAGUCCAAUCCCAGUACCAAGGCUUCGACGAUUUCGGGGAGUAGCUCCGGAGGCGGGGAGCGUCGGUACAAGAGAUGAGCUAGGGUCAGCAUCAAUCCAUGCCAACGCAAUGGAUCAACGGCAGAUAAGUUCUUCUUCAGCUCUCCGACUUCGGAGGCAGUCUUCUCUGUGGCAGGCACGAGGCUGUGAGUGUGGGGGUCUUCUAGAAGGACAUUUUCCUGGAGACAAGCUAGCACUGCUUCAAUGACUUCACCAGACAUCUCGGGAUCAAGCUUGAGGGCCACCACGCCGAGCGCUUUGGCAGCAGACAUCCUUACAGGGGUGUCCUUGUCGCCCAGGGAGUCGAGGAAGUACUGGAUGCUUUCUUCCAGCAUCGAGGUAAGAUAUACCUGGGGCAUAGAGCCUCCGCUUGAACUGAUGGAUAUUGCAUGGGUCAAAAUCACUCGCAGGAUCUUUAAAAUGAGUUUUCGCGCGGGUGCGGAAUCGCGAAUAGCCAAAUAAUGGCUCCUCGGGUCCGUGGCAAUUUUGAAAGUAGCAUCGAAGAGCUGUUUCAGAAAAGGAGCAACCUCACUGUCCGAGCCGGAGUUGAUGAUACCAUAGAGCAAUGUCAUCAAGCCUAGUCCCCUGUACGGACUAACGAAGGUCAAGUCCACGUCAGCCAGAAGUUGCUGUGUAGCGAAAUGCACCAGUCUGAGAUGCAAGUCAUUGUCCUGCAUAUCCUUCCGAAGGCAUAAGCGAACAAGAAGAAUACCUGCUGCUUCGCGUUCUUUUCCGGAAAUUUGCAGUUGUGGGAACGCAAUAGCUGUGAUGUCGCCAGCAAUGCCGGGCAAGUCACCAAAUGCCUGGGACAACUCAGGGUCAAGUGGAUGACUAUCGGAGGUUGAUAUGGUGGCAAGCUCAAAAGGGGCCAGCAUUAAGUGAGAUAGCCAAAGCAUCAUGAUGUAACGCUCC